AUGGCGCAACAGGGAGAAGAACACAGGAACAUUGCCCCUCAGCCCCAAACGGAAGAGGGCGGCAUCAAUUGGUUGUACAUGACGCCCCUUCUCGGCGCACCUCUCCUUCCCCUAGUGCGCAUUGCCCUGCGGCCGUACCCGAAGAUUAGAGACGUGGCGUUCGGCACCAUGAUCGCCUUCUUCCUCGGCCACGGUGCUUGGCUCAUUGGCAGAGGGUUCGACCAGCGACGGGAACAGCAAAACGAGCGCAUCCGACGCUGGGAAGAGGAGCAGCGACUCAAGCGUGGCAGUUACUAA